GAAAGAAAAUCCCAGAAUUGAGGGCCUUUCAAAAUCAUAUAUGGAAGGGGAAACUCUAUCUGCUAAAUGCACUUCGGACUAUGCCGAUCCAGAGCCAAUACUAGUUUGGAAGAUCAACGGACAAGAUCCUUCUGCGAACGACAUCGGCGAAUCUUCCAGCUCCGAUCCCGACUCCAUUGGCCUUGUGUCACGGUCCAUCACGCUGCGCCUCCCGGUCGAGCGUAAAGGAUCCCGAGGGAACGGCAUCGAGAUACGGUGCGAAUCCGCCCUGCCUGGCGUGCCUGUAGCCAAGCAGAUCACAUCCCUCAACGUCCCCGUGAGGAAUCCCAACGAUCCGCAAAUCAACAACCAAAAGUUGCACUGGACUGGGUCCAGCGCAACCACCCGAUCUCACCGGUCAUUCCAGAUAGCCUGGACCCUUAUUUGGGUAGUGGUAGUGAAAUGGAGCAUGGGGAUGAUUUCCCAGUAAACUAGUUUUAGAUUCCAGGAUAACUGUACAGAUAAUUAUGUGAUGUUUGAUGUGGCAUGAGACAAAUUGAUACCCAAUCACGGGGUUGAGUGGAGUCGUAUUGGAGGCUUCAACUAGAGGGUUAGAGUCAGUAGUAGCAGUUUGUUCAAGGAUACGUCUACAAACUAAUAUUGCCUGAAAUACGUUUCCAGAAUAUUCAAUUCUCAAGAAAUAUUAGUUUGAAAACACAGGCAUAAGGAAUACUUCAAAAACCUAUUUCGUCUUGAAAUUUCAAAUGAUCUUCAUUUUCAAAACCCUCAAUCUGUCAUUGACACCAAUAGUAGUACUUGGACUGGUCAUAGAUGCAACUUUGAAUCUUUGAUCCCCAAUAAGACAACCGUGUGUGAAAAAACUUUCAGUUGAGCUUUUAUUCAAGAGUAUUAUCCUUGUAGUUGAAAACAAUCGAGGCUGAUGGAAUGUCGACUUUGGGUUGACAA